AUGUCUCGCGCACAAAAACAAUGCCGUGCCAAUAUAAACUGCUCGGGCGCCGAGCGCGCCGUGCUGGCCGCGCUGCCCGCCGCCGCGCACCCCGACGACCUGCUGCUGCUGGCGCGCCUGCACAACAAGGGAUACUUCCGUGGCGAACAACACUUAGAAGAAAUAAUGUUCAUGGAGAAUGUAACCCGCUCGCAGCUCAUGCAGCUUCUGGAUAAGUUUAAAGAUAUCCUUAUCACAUUCGAAACAGAAGAUCCAGCUGUUGCUAUGUUAUAUCCCUAUCAGUAA